AUGAGUGAUUUUGAAUUUACUUACAUAGAUUUUGAGGAAUGUAAUACUAAUACUUCUGAAAAAAGUAAUAAAGAUAAUAUUGAUCAAAUUGCUUUUGCAACAUUAGCUAUUUUUAACAAUGAAACCAUAGAUAAAAGCUCAUCAGAAAUGAAAGUGGUGAAACUUCCAAGCAAGUUACUUGUUAGAACAGCAAUGAGAAUGGGAAAAGUUGAAUUGAAUAGAUUAAUGGAAAGGCUUCAUAUGAUAAUUCUGGAAAAGGCUUUAUUUUUGUGUUCUGAAAUUUAG